UGAAAACACGAGUUACGGCGCUUGUGCUAUAUCCGGUUACAAAUUCACAGGAAGUGGAAGAAAAAGUUACUGGAAAAUAUUUAUCUGACAUUUUCUUAAAAUUUUCAACUAACGGAGAGGUUUAUUUUGUUCAGAUGAGCUCUAAUACAAAAAGAAGGAAUUCGGAGAAGAGGAAGGAGAAGUCGCGUGAUGCGGCCCGCUGUCGUCGUGGGCGAGAGACGGAGAUUUUCUCGGAGCUGGCGGAGCAGAUCCCUCAAUACAGCGGCAGUAAUGGUCAGCUGGACAAGGCAUCCAUCAUGAGGCUGGCCAUCAGUUACCUGAAGAUAAGUCAGAUCAUGGAAACCCAGCGUAACAACAGACAUGCCCCCUGUGAGGAAUUUGACUCGCUGUACAGCAAAGCUCUGGAUGGAUUCGUAGUCAUUCUCUCUAAUGAAGGAGACCUCAUCUACAUCUCAGAAAGUGUCUCCAAGUACCUGGGAAUUCAGCAGGUUGAUCUGGUGGGACAGUCUAUCUACGAGUUUGUACACCCAUGUGACCAUGAGGACAUCACGGACAUAUUCCACAGCAACGGCCGCGACAAGAAGAAGAAGUCAGAGGAGUUCCACCAUACCUUCUUUGUCAGAAUGAAGUGCACCCUGACCAACAAGGGGAAAAAUGUCAACCUCAAGUCAGCAACAUACAAGGUCAUCAAGUUUUCUGGAAAACUGGUAAAGGACAAGAUAAAGAAGGAGUGUGGGGGUGAGGGGAAUGCACCGUACCUCCUGUUAAUCGGGGAGCCCAUCCCCCACCCCUCAAACAUUGAGAUCCCCCUGGAUCAGAUGACCUUUCUGAGCCGGCACAAUAUGGACAUGAAGUUUACUUACUGUGAUGACAGGGUAAAAGAUUUGCUGGGUUACAACUGUUCUGACCUAAUGAACAAGUCUUUGUUCGAUUACCACCAUGCCAUGGACAGUGAGGUCAUAGACCAGGCCUACAAAAACUUGAUUGCUAAGGGACAAGUGAUGACAAGGCAGUAUCGAUUCCUGGCCAAGACAGGGGGACACGUUUGGAUGAUAACACAGGGGACUGUCAUCUACAACAGCCGCACCCAGAAACCCCAGUGUAUUGUGUGUGUCCACUACGUCCUCAGUGGAAUUGAGAAUCCAAGCCUGAUUUUGUCGACGGCUCAGCAGGUGUUUAGCCAGCAAGUUCCCAUGCUGCCCCUGGAGGUUAAACUUAGCACUGAGGACGUCUUUAAACCGAGGCCAGACAACGUCAAAGUGGACGAGUUCUACUUCCCACCGGGCGUCAAGAUGCCGUCAAUGAAGAUGGACGAGACCGUUGAUCUGACCCACCUGGCUCCGACCUCGGGCGACACCUGUGUACCCCUGAUUGGAGAUGACUGUGUCCAGUUCUCUCCAGACCAACCGAUGCCAGCCCUGAAGGAAGAACCAGACAUGUUCAGCGCCCGGAUCUGCUCCCACGCCAUCAAGUCCCCCCUCGCUACCCCACCGUCGGUGAGCCCUGCACCCAUCAGCCCCAUGGACUACACCACCCCCCUCACUCCGAGUGUCGUGGACGCCAUGGACAAAUUCUUCUCAAAUGUGGAAACCUACCAAAGAAAUGAUCAGGCCACUGCGGACCUGGACAUGGACAUGAGGGCCCCUUAUAUCCCCAUGAACAAGAAGGAGGACUUCAGCCUGCUUCCUCCGACAAGUGAUGCAUUGUUUACCAUCAACAGCGACUUUAAUCCAGGGUUGUUUGGUCGCACGGAGUCCGUCUUUGUUCCCAAGGACAAACUUUACCAGGACCCACCCAAGGAGCCGCGGAUGAGUAUUCGUGACAUGUUGGUGGGCAGCACCGCCGUGGCCAGCAUAGAGCAGCCUCCUGACACCUUCAACCUGCAGCUGAAGCGGCCCCUUGACAUGAACAGUCUGGAAAAGGGACCUCCCAGCAAGAAACGAUUCAUUCAGGAUUACCAGGAGCCGACUAAAAAGCACAGUGUUCUAAUGAGUCUCCUGGUCAACGGGGAAGACCCACCCACAGGGUACUCCGUGAGGAAACCACAACAACAUCAGGCCAAGCCAUAUUUUCCAGCCAUGGGACACAGGGACAGCCUCUCUGGUGGUAAACGCUUGCCCACAAUGCCACAGACACAGGAAGUCAUCGAGACUCCGGACCUCUUGCUUCAAAAUCCGGAUCUAUUGGCUGCUCUGGAGUUGUUUCUACCUGAUUCAGAGCUGAUGUGACAUUUUGUUUUUGUAUUGUAUCUAUGGUAACUGGUGUUGUUGUGGAAACAGUAAGGAAAAUCAAACACACAGUGGUUGCCAUGUAACCGUGAUUAAGCUUUCAUUUAUUUACUACUUGCUUUGAUUAUUUUUUUGACGGAAGAAACUGUACAUUUGGUUUUUUAAAUGAUUUGGAGGAUCUAUCUUUGUCGGGGAUACUCUGCAUUUUACAUUGUUACUGUAUGAAGUUUACUUGUAAAAGUAAACAGCUUUUAUUAUUAGAAAUCAGACAUUUCAAAGACUGUUAAUGAGAAUUCAUUUGAUGCAUUAAAAAAAGAUUUUCUUUUUGCAAAUAUAGGGCUAACAUCAUUUGAAUAUACCCAUUAUCAUUAUUUUUGAUGUAGAAUUUUUUUAGAACAACUGAAAUGAAAAGAGCUUUGAAAAUGUGACUAAAUUUUGUCAGGAACUCAUAGCAUAGCUCCAUCUCCAUUAUAAUUGUAAUCAUCCAUCACAGACAGGCGAAACCUGCUCAUCCCCCCACACUACAAAAUGUCAGCUCUGCAAACAAAUAUGAGACUGGAAGUAUAUUUUCUGAAGAACGUUAUAGAUCAAAAUGUAUGUAUAUUUUGUCAAAAGACAACAAUUAUGAAAAAAAUUGUGUUAAAAAAUUUUGAAAAAAAAAUUAAAAAAGAAAGAAAAAAUAUUUUUAAAAAAAUGUAGAUUAGAUUGAAUUUCAUAAAUAUAUAUGUGUACUUUAAAGUGUUAUGUGAUUUUGUUUUGUGAAGUGCUUGCAUGUUUAUCAUGUACUCUUUUAUAUGUCACUGCUCUCAAAUUCCUGCCAUUUUGGUUAUGUUUUAGCUACAAGUACAAUGUAUACGCUUUUUUGAAGUUGGACACGGUGGUAUUCUAAUUCUAUUCUAGAUUUUCCUGACUUUCAAUUCAGACUAUUUAGAUCACAGAGUUUGAUUUAUCCAAUCUGUCCAAAGAUAUUUGCCUUUUUAUAACAAAUAAUUUUUUUAUCACCAAUAUGCCUGGCUCUGGACAUUUGCCAUAGUUACUUUCGUUAAAUUUUUGAUAGACCAUUUUCUGACAAAAUUUCGUUUAUUAUUUGAGGUUUUGUUCAGUGUGGUCAAACUUACUGCUUGGUGAAGCAGAAGUAGAGUAUGGAAUGUCAGAGACAGGUCUUGUUAUGAUGGAUACCACAGUACUUGGAAUCUACCAAACGUCGAGUAACAGCGACCGUGAUUGGUCAUUUAUGCAGAUGUUACAUCUGUAUUGAUUGGAUUUCUAUGGAAUGUUAUAUACAACAGAUCUUGUGAUUGGUGAUUUCAUCAGGUUAUCAGUUAUUUGUGAUUGAUUGGUAAAUUUAUGAAGGGUUAUUAGAAAACAUUUAUUUUUAUCUGUAUCCAUGUCCUUCACACAAAGGCAUUAAACUUCUUCAGUUCUUUGUUAAGAUUUCAAAGAUUUUGCAGAAGAAAAGAAUUGUUUAUCAUUAAAAUACUUCUCUUUGCAUUAACUCUGCCUUAACAGUGCUUUUAAACACAAUUAGGACCCCUCAUAUUGAGCAGGACUCAAUCAAGGUUUGGUAGAAAAGAAAUUUUUAUUCAGAGGCUUGUUUUAUUUCCCCACCAGUUAAUUUGUGUUUGUUGACAUUAUUACUCUUUUGUCUAUACACAUAUAUACACUCACUAUCUUGUUGUGUCAAAUUCAUUAUUCUAUCAUACUCUUUUUUCAAGAGGAAAUGUGUCAUUGUUGUUUUAACCUAUAUCAUCUGUAUACAGUUCAUUGUAAUUAACUCACUGUAGUACAAUAAAAUACAAAAUUACAAAA